UAAGUGCUUAGAUACCAAACUUUUACACAAAUUAAAGUUUAACCAUAGAUUCUCUAACUACCAAAAAUGCUGAAGCCACAGCUUCACCUCUCAAAUUCCACCAAAGUUCCCUUCCUGUUACACAAGCCAUUCAUCCAUGGCAAUUUUAAUGCUUCACUUCCCCUUCCCAUUUCAAUGCACUCUUUCUGCAGAAAAAACAAACAUAUUGUUCGAGUUGGGUUCAAUCCUAACAACAUAAAGGCUCAGGCUGUGGCAAGUUCUACAGAGAAGAGUGUUUCUGUGAAAGCCAUUGUAACUGUGAAACCUACUGUUGGUGGGUUCCUCACAAACCUUGGGAUAGACCGAGGGCUAGAUGAUAUACAGGACUUACUUGGUAAAACCCUUCUCUUGGAGCUCGUUCAAGCAGAGCUUGAUCCUAAGACGGGAUUAGAGAAGGACACGAUCAAGGGUUACGCACACAGGACGAAGGGCGAAGAGAACGGUGUGGUGAAGUAUGAGUUAAGUUUUGAAGUUCCAGUAGAUUUUGGAGAGAUUGGGGCUGUUUAUGUGGAGAAUGAGCACCACAAUGAGAUGUAUCUUCAGGAUAUUAUCCUUGAUGGCUUCUCUAAUGGCCCUGUUUAUGUGAACUGUAAUUCAUGGGUGCAUUCAAAGUAUGACAAUCCUCAGAAGAGGGUCUUCUUUUCAAACAAGUCAUACUUGCCAUCACAGACACCAAGUGGGCUGUGCAGGUUAAGAGAAACAGAACUUGAGAUUUUGCGAGGCAAUGGCCAAGGAGAACGUAAGAGCUUUGAGAGAAUAUACGACUACGAUGUGUACAAUGAUAUUGGAAAUCCUGAUAGUAGUGUGGAUCUUAAAAGACCUGUACUCGGUGGCAAAGAGCACCCCUAUCCUAGACGUUGUAGGACUGGGCGGCCUAGGUGUAAAACAGAUCCAUUGUCGGAGGAAUGGAGCAGCAGUGUAUAUGUUCCCAGAGAUGAAUGCUUCGCAGAAGUAAAACAACUAACAUUCUCAGCAAAGACGGUGUACUCAGUGAUCCAUGCAUUGGUGCCAUCUUUAGAGACUGCUAUCAUUGAUGCUGACCUUGGAUUCCCCUACUUCACGGCCAUUGAUUCACUUUUCAAUGAAGGGAUUAAUUUGCCACCUCUUAAAAACCAAAAAACAGGAUUUUUCAGUACCCUCUUGCCUAGGCUUAUCAAGGCUAUCAAUGAUGCUGAAGAUGGUUUGUUGCGGUUUGAGACACCAGAAACAAUGGAGAGAGACAAAUUCUUUUGGUUUAGGGAUGAGGAGUUCGCUAGGCAGACUCUUGCUGGUCUCAACCCAUGUAGCAUAAAGUUGGUCACGGAAUGGCCAUUGAAAAGUCAACUUGACCCAAAGAUUUAUGGCCCAGCAGAAUCAGCCAUCACAACAGAAUUGAUUGAACGAGAGAUCAAAGGUUUCAUGACAGUGAAUGAGGCCAUAAAAAAUAAGAAGUUGUUUGUUCUAGAUUACCAUGAUCUAUUAUUGCCAUAUGUGAGCAAAGUAAGAGAAAUUAAAGGCACAACUCUCUAUGGAUCACGGACGCUCUUCUUCCUAACCCCAAAUGGCACAUUAAGGCCACUGGCCAUUGAGUUGACUCGGCCACCAAUGGAUGGGAAGCCACAAUGGAAAGAUGUCUACCUUCCUACUUGGGAUGCUACUGGUGUCUGGCUUUGGAGGCUGGCCAAAGCUCAUGUGCUUGCCCACGAUUCUGGUUAUCACCAACUUGUUAGUCACUGGCUAAGGACUCAUUGUGCUACAGAACCUUAUAUAAUUGCAACAAAUAGGCAACUUAGUGUGAUGCACCCAAUUUAUAGACUGUUGCACCCUCAUUUUCGGUACACUAUGGAGAUUAAUGCCCUUGCUCGACAAGCACUUAUCAAUGCCGGAGGGAUCAUUGAGAGCUCAUUCUCACCUGGCAAAUACUCCUUGGAGUUUAGCUCGGUUGCCUAUGACAAACAAUGGCAGUUCAAUUUGCAGGCAUUACCAGCUGACUUAAUUAGCAGGGGGAUGGCUGUUGAGGAUCCAACUGCUCCACAUGGUCUAAAGCUCUCAAUUGAGGACUACCCUUUUGCCAAUGAUGGCCUUCUCCUUUGGGAUGCUAUCAAAGAGUGGGUUAGUGAAUAUGUCAACCACUACUACCCUAACCCUAGCCUUAUAACAUCUGAUCAAGAGCUCCAAGCAUGGUGGAAUGAGAUUCGAACGGAAGGUCAUGCUGACAAGAAGGACGAACCAUGGUGGCCAGUCCUCAAAACCCCGAAAGACCUCAUUGAAAUCACCACAACAAUCGUGUGGGUGGCAUCCGGUCACCAUGCAGCCGUGAACUUUGGACAGUAUGCUUAUGGUGCAUAUUUCCCUAACCGACCUACCAUUGCUAGAACCAAUAUGCCCACUGAAGAGCCUUCUAAAGAGGUUUGGGACAACUUCUUGAAAAAGCCUGAAGGUGCACUCUUACAAUGCUUCCCUUCACAAAUUCAAGCAACAAGAAUUAUGGCUAUUUUGGAUGUACUAUCAAACCAUUCACCUGAUGAGGAGUAUCUAGGUGAGAAAAUAGAGCCAGCAUGGUCUGAGGACAUGUUUAUAAAGGGAGCCUUUGAAAAGUUUAGUGGGAGGUUGAAGGAGCUUGAGGGGACUAUUGAUGAGAGGAAUGCAAAUAGGGAUUUGAAGAACAGAAGUGGAGCUGGGGUUGUGCCAUAUGAGCUCUUGAAGCCAUUCUCACCUCCUGGAGUCACUGGAAAAGGAGUUCCUUAUAGCAUUUCUAUUUGAAGUUAGAAAUGUGUAUUUUGCGAAUGUAGAUUGUUGGUUGAGAACUUUUGUGUCAGAUGGCAGAUUUGGACAAAAAAUAAGUUGGAUUUCCUCAUCUUCAAUGGCAUGAACCAGAUUAAUCUUCAAUGGCACGAACUAGAUUAUUUCA